UUUUUCUCCCUGCUUGCCAACCUCCCUGCCCGGCCCAGACGCACGUCAUGUGGUGUCGUGUUCUUUUUGAGCGUUACAUAACCUCCCCACCUUUGUUUUUUCUUUGCUCGAUAAGAAGAAGAAGAAAGAAAAGAAGUGCAGCAGAGACGUCUCACUCCAGAGCUGACUUUAGAAAAGGAUCACACUGGUAGCGGACACUGUUCAUACUGGUAUAUCCACUACGAAAUCAAUGCCGAGGACAACCACCACGUCCUCCUUGUCCUCCUUCCUUUAAGAUAAGAUGAAGAAGCUGAUCCUCGACGUGGACACAGGGGUGGAUGAUGCCCAGGCCAUCAUGAUGGCCCUCGCAGACCCCAACGUGGAGGUCCUGGGGAUCACCUGCAGCCACGGCAACACCAAGCUGGACAACGCCUGCAAGAACACACUGCGUGUCCUAAAAGCCUGCAACAGGCUGGAUAUCCCGGUGUACCGCGGCUGCUCGGAGCCGGUGCUAGGCCGCAAACGCCACGCUGGAGAUUUCCACGGGAAGGACGGGCUGGGCGACGCCCCAGAUCCAGACGCUCCGGGCCUGGAGCUGCUGCAGAAGAGGAGAGCUGCACAGGCCAUAAUUAAGAUCGCCAACGAAAACCCCGGAGAGGUGACUCUCGUGGCCACGGCGCCCCUCACCAACCUGGCCGUCGCUGCACAACUGAACCCGUCCUUCUCCAAGAACCUGAAGGCGCUCUACAUCAUGGGGGGGAACACUGAAUCCAGGGGUAACACCACCGUGUGUGGAGAGUUCAACUUCGUGGCUGACCCCGAGGCGGCCUACAUCGUGCUGGACCGCUACACCUGCCCCACCUACAUCGCCACCUGGGAGUUCAGCUGCAGGAACAGCCUGCCGUGGUCUUUCUGCGACGCUUGGCUGGCCCAGGACACAGAGAAGGCCCGCUUCAUGGAGAAGAUCUCCCUCCACACCAGAACGAUGGUCCAGACCGAUCGAUACCAAAAGGAGCUGGUGUCCGGACCUGGGUUCAACACCUGUGACACCUACGCUAUGGCCGCAGCCAUCGAUGACACUUUGGUGACGGAGAGCGAAGAGGUGGCAGUGACAGUGGAGUUGGAGGGGACCCACACCCGAGGCAUGAUGGUCCUGGACUACAUGGACCUGCUCAAGAAGAAGCACAAGGUCUUCAUCAUGAAGAGCAUCGACCUGGAGAAGUUCAAACAACUGUUGAUGAACGCACUGAAAUAGCUGUGAUGUCGGCUACUUCUUCCUCAACAGGAGCACAAACACAUUUAAAGGAGCGGAUGACUCGUUUAUUAUGUUAUUGUGAUGGAAAACUUGGCAUGUUGGUCGUCUCUAAUAUUUUCACUUAGUUGACGACGGUCUCUCACACGGUCUCAUAUCAAGGAUGUUUUUUUUAUUAUCCAUUAUUGAUGGUAUAAUUGGCUUUUUUGAUUAGUUUGUGCAGCUUUUUUAACUCAAGAAUGGAAAGACGUUGAUUUAUAUUGUGGCUGUGAAUUCCUCUGGAAAUCAUCAACUGCUUAUAAGCUAUAUAUGAAUGUACCUACUAUGUAAUUUACUGGUUCUUGCAUAAAAUAAAUAAGAUGAUACUUACUGCGUU